ACUCCAAAAAAUGAAAUGAACCUUCGAGUAAAUAACGCACCAAAAACAUGGAACCUUCCCAUUCCACAUCCCAAAACCAAAAAUAAAACAAACCCAUAAUCUCAAAACCUCUUUAUAGAAACAAAACAACCACAAACACAACACAAAAACAUUUUCUCUUUCCAAAAUCCAACAGCCUCAAAUCAAAUGGCAUCAUCAAAACCCAACAGCUGUUGUUCUUGCUGUUCAGGUUUCAUAAUAACCAUAGGUUUAAUGGCCCUAUUCAUAUGGCUAAGCUUACGUGUCGACGAACCAAAGCUUUACAUAGACAAAAUUUACCUUCCUGCCCUCAACAAAGCCCUAAACACAACAGCCAAAUCAAACACCACUUUCACCUUCUUGUUAAAACUUGUUAACCCUAAUAAAGAUAAAGGUAUUCAAUAUGACCCUAUUCAUCUUAACUUCACCUUUUACAAUACUCUCAACACUACUCUUCCACUUGGGAAUGUUACUGUUAAUGGAUUCUAUCAAGGGCAUGAGAAAAAAGCUAAGAAAAAUGGUGUUGUGGAAGCUGGUGUUAAGAAUUUAACUGCGAGUGUUAAGGGUGUUGUUGAUGGUAAAGUUUAUUUAAGGGUGGAUUAUAUUACUGCGGUUAAGUAUAAGAUUUUGGUUUGGUAUACUAAAAGAGAUCGGUUAUGGGGAGGGGCAAAUGUGGAAAUUGGAGAUUCUGGGGAGAAAAUGGGAAAGAAAAGUGUGAGGCUUGGGGGGAAGGAACCAAGGGUAAUAGUGUCCGGCGCAUGGAAAGUGUAUGGAGGCUAUCGUGCGCUUCUUGUGUUUAUUAUUGGUCUUGGGUUUACUUGACUUUGACUGAGUUUGUUUAUUAGGAGUAUUUGAUUUGAUUUAAUAGUUGUGUUUUUGUUUAUUUAUUUAGUUUGAAUCUUGAAUUUGUAUUCUUAUGUAGUUUUGUUGUUGUUGUAUUAAGAUUUAAAUAUGAUUUAUGAUUGGUGUAUUGAUCUUAUUUAUGGAGUAUAUGGAUUGGAGAAGAAGGGAAAAAUGAUAUUCAAUCUCUA